UUUUUGGGGUAUGCCGCAGUUCAAUGAGAAAUCAGUUUAAAGUUACUUAAAAGUCGAUUCGUCAACUGUUUAACCAUCAAGCAGUGUGAACAGACAGCUGGCAUGCAAAGACACCAAAAGUCUACCUAAAAAGUGUCUCAUACCUUUGAAAGUGUACGUAUCAUGGCGUCGUCCGUGGCGACAGCAGCAGCAGGGAUAGCCGCCGCAGAGUGCACGGUGCCCGCUUGUAUGUUCGCCCCGGACCGGGGGUUCUGCGCCGCUGCCGACGACGACGACGUAUGCGGGGCGGAGAGCUUCGAGGGCAGCGAGGGCACCAACGGGGAGUCUGCGGAUGUUUUGGACUUCAGCAACAAGCUAGUCCUGGUGAGUCCGACGGGGGAGCAGUACGACGCGCUGCAGAAACAUCUACGAGAGCGGCUAGACGAAGGCUGCGGGGAGACCAUCUUUGUCGUCGGAAUGGGCUCAGACGGCAGCGACUACGGCCUGAGCGACAGGGACAUGGAGGCGUCGGUGGCCACGGUGCAAUCGCUGUGUGAGCAGGUGGAAGCCGACCUCAUCCCACUAAGGGAGCGCACGGAGGUGGGCGGCAAGAUCUGCGACUACCUCAUCCGCCGCCGUGUGGGCGAGCAGGACUUCCUGGAAGUCAGGGUGGCAGUGGUGGGCAAUGUGGAUGCUGGCAAAAGCACCCUGCUGGGCGUGCUGACGCAUGGCGAGCUGGACAACGGGCGGGGCUUCGCGCGCCAGAAACUCUUCAGGCACAAGCACGAGAUGGAGAGCGGCAGGACCAGCAGCGUGGGCAACGACAUCCUGGGUUUCGACCAUGAGGGCCAGGUGGUCAACAAGCCAGACAGCCACGGCGGCAGUCUGGACUGGAUCAAGAUCUGUGAGAAGUCCUCCAAGGUGAUCACCUUCAUCGACCUGGCGGGCCACGAGAAGUACCUGAAGACCACGGUGUUUGGCAUGACCGGACACCUGCCCGACUUCUGCAUGCUCAUGGUCGGCAGCAACGCCGGUAUCGUGGGCAUGACCAAAGAGCACCUGGGUCUGGCGCUUGCAUUAAACGUGCCCGUGUUUGUGGUGGUCACCAAGAUAGAUAUGUGUCCCGCCAACAUACUGCAAGAAACACUAAAAUUACUCCAGCGGCUACUAAAGUCUCCGGGCUGCAGAAAGAUUCCCGUGUUGGUCCAGAACAAAGACGACGUCAUCGUCACGGCGUCCAACUUCAGCUCGGAGAGGAUGUGUCCGAUCUUUCAAAUCUCUAACGUGACGGGCGAGAACAUGGACCUCCUGAAGAUGUUCCUCAACCUGCUCUCGUCCAGGACCACCUUUAACAACGAUGAGCCCGCAGAGUUCCAAAUAGACGACACGUAUUCUGUACCAGGUGUGGGCACGGUGGUGUCAGGCACGACGUUACGCGGCAUAAUCCGCCUCAACGACACACUCCUCCUGGGUCCCGACCCGCUGGGCACAUUCAUCCCUAUCGCUGUCAAGUCCAUCCACCGCAAGAGGAUGCCCGUCAAAGAGGUGCGCGGAGGGCAGACGGCGUCGUUUGCGCUCAAAAAGAUCAAGCGCUCGUCGAUACGGAAGGGCAUGGUAAUGGUCUCCCCCAAGCUGAUGCCGCUGGCCACCUGGGAAUUUGAGGCGGAGAUCCUGGUGCUGCACCACCCCACUACGAUAUCACCGCGCUACCAGGCCAUGGUCCACUGCGGCAGCAUCCGGCAGACCGCCACCAUCCUGACCAUGGACAAGGACUGCCUGCGGACCGGCGACAAGGCGGCCGUCCGGUUCCGCUUCAUCAAGACGCCCGAGUACUUGCACUGCGACCACAAGCUGGUGUUCCGGGAGGGCCGCACCAAAGCCGUGGGCACCAUCACCAAGCUCCUGCAGUCGGUCAACACGCAGGCGGCCAAGGCGCAGCAGGCCAAGAUGCUGGCCGGCAAGAAGAUGUACAAGGACACCACAGAGGAAGUGCCGCCCAGUUCCAAUGCCGCGUCGCUUCCGCUCAAAUCAGGAAGCGGAGGACGGCGGCGAGGCGGCCAGCGGCACCGAGGGAAAGGAGGUGCCAACGUGGUUGCGACGACAACACCGGUGGUCCCCGCAACCACGACAGCGGCGGGCCUCGUUUAAACACGACUAUACAGGUCCGUCACGCUUUCGACAUGAAACACACAAUAUUAAUUUUUGUCCUCCUUUUGUAGUCACACAAAGUAAGUGAAAUACUUCACAAGAAAUCACCAGCCAAAUGAAAACAAAACACCAGUCAGUAUUCUUGUACAGUCAUUCAAAACCACAUAAGAGUACACAAGUGGAAUUGUUCAAGUUGUCUUAGUGAAAUGUUUUGAGCGGCCCAAUGAGAAGUUAACACUUUUUAUUUUGUUAAUAAGCUACAUAGAUCGUGUCUCGUUUGAUCUCAUUUGUGGUCCCCUCUGGAAGAUGGCACAAUCUGUUGUGUUCUUUGUUUAUUCCUUAAAAAGUGACAAAAAAGGGUUGUUGUUGUUGUUUUUAACCCAGUUUUUAAUAUACAAAUUGUACCAUUUAAAUUAAAUGGCUGUAGUUUGUGUUGUAAAUUGUUUUAAAUGAAACUGCUGUGAUAAACAACUGAACCCGUGACACAAA